CCUCAAUUGUCGUGUGUUUGUUUUUGUCAUUUUCUAUUAAAUUUAAUAAAACUAUUGUGAAAUAUGGAAUAUGUCGAAAAAACUGCGAAAGAAUAUUCAAAAUGUUGUGAAGUAGAUUUAGAAUCAAAGUUAAAACCAAUUAACAAAUCUGUGGAUGAUAUGUUGGCUAGAUUAGAAGAAUUUGAGACGAUGAUGUCUUUUGUUAUACAGGAUAGAAAAGAUUAUAAUGACAUUUUAACUUCCAUACCUAAUUAUAAAGAAGAAUUUGAUAUACUAUGUAAUAAAAUAGAUUCUGUUGAAAAACUUACCAAACAUAUAAAGUCUAAUUUAGACGAGCUAGAAAAAGAAAUUGAAAAAGCUGAAUUAAGCCUAGGAUGUACUGAAAAAACUGCAAAAGUUACUCAAAUAUUCACACCAUUAUUUAAAAAGAAUGUUGAUAAAAAGUCCACUAGCCAGAGUACUGAAUUUUUCAAAACUGAAGACUAUUUUAAUUGAU